AUGAAGGUGUUUGAGUUCGUAGCGGGCCUGAUCUUCUUCGCCGCCGCGUUUUCGGUCUGUUCUGGACAGAGCUCAUUGACUGUACUGUGUUCCAUGGAUUGGUUCAUGGUCACGGUCCACCCAUUCAUGCUGAACAACGAUGUAUACGUCCACUUUUAUGAGCUGCACCUAGGCCUAGGUUGUCCUCCUAAUCAUGUUCAGCCCCAUUUCUACCAGUUCACCUACCGUGUUACUGAAUGUGGCAUUAGAGUCAAGGUCGUCUCGGAGGACGUAGUGAUCUAUAGCACUGAGAUCCACUAUGCCUCCAAGGGCACGUCAUCUCGCUAUGUGAUCCCAGUGUCCUGCGCGGCCCCCAGGCGCUCCCCUUGGCUCACUAGGCCCUAUCCCACAAGAGUAGCCAGAGAGGGUUCUGCGGCUGCUCCCAAUGAUAAACCAUGCUGUGAGAUGUUAAACUCGUCCGACCAAAGGCCCGUCUGCGAUUGUCCACCUUAUGUCUUCAACGGAGAACGUACCCAGAAUGCACCUCAGCAAGCAGAGGCCCAGGUGGACCAUCCUACGCCGUCACCUCAAUAUACUGCCGCGUCUUCUGAGGACUGGUGUCUUCGCUCCGAUGAUCUGAUGGGGCCCAUGUGAUUCUCCAGUCCAGAGUCUUCUGCAGAUCAGUUUUAGAAUUAGAAUGUAGUGUCUCCUACUA